AACGCUCGGGUUGGCGCGAGGGUUGGGAAGGGCUCUGCUCUGGGCGUUUCACCGGGCUGACAGGACGCCAUGGCCGUCCCGUCCGCGAAGGAGCUGGACUCCUUCAAGUACGGGGACUUGCGGAACUUGGCCAAGAGUCUGGGGCUCCGGGCUAACCUGAAGGCAGACAAGUUGUUAAAAUCUUUGAAAGCCCACCUCAAAUUGGAAGCAAGGAAAGAAAGUAACAGUCAGGAUGAGAAGGAAAGUGCGGCAUUCUUCUGUGAUGAGACUGAGACACCGACGAGCAGUCAGGAACAAGCCGGGAAGGAGCCAGUUGUCCAUGUCACCAAAAGGAGGAGACGCAGGCACAAGAGAGGCCAUGGGAAGCCUAACUCCCAGCAGGAUCAUUCCGAGAUAAAAAUAAGUGAUCCUACUACAUUCCAGAAUGGAGAAAAGCAGGAAGACCAGGAUCCCAAAACUCCUGCAGAAAUUCCUUCUCAGCCAGACCAGGGCCAAGGAGAUGGGAACAUGGUUUCCACAGGCCAGAGUGAAAUGAAAGAUAAUGAAGAUUUGAAGGAACCUUCAGAAAAAAAGUCUCGCUUUACAGAUGGAUUUUCCAGACUUGCAAACAGUAAAAAAACUGCAGCCACUACUCCAAAUUUUAAGAAGCUCCAUGAAGCUCAUUUUAAGGAAAUGGAGUCCAUUGAUGAAUACAUUAAGAGAAAACGGAAACAUUUUGAAGAACACAACUCAUUUAAUGAACUGAAGAAGCAGCCUGGCACUAAGGGAAGGGUAGUGACUCCAGUUCCUCCAAGAGGAAGACUCCCUGUGGCCUGCACUCCCACUCAACAGUGCCAGUCUCCAGGCCAGUCCCGCAGCUCUGCGAGGAAGAGCACGGUGUGUCUGAAGGGGUCAGUCAAGCGGACCACGCUCUCAGCAACCAAAAUGAACGUCAGGUUUUCAGCUGCUACUAAAGAUAACGAGCAUAAGCGUUCACUGACCAAGACUCCAGCCAGAAAGUCGCUACACGUGUCUCUAUCUGGGAUUAACCCCAAAAGCCAGGCCAUGCUCGGAACACCCAAGUUAAAGAACACCAAGGAGAAUUCUGCUUCUGUCAUUACUCCAUUCAAGUUGACUACGAUGGCAGUGAAGACGCCAGUCUCUGAUAAGAAACCAGUAUUUGAUCUGAAAGCAAGUUUAUCUCGUCCCCUCAAUUAUGAACCACACAAAGGAAAGCUGAAACCAUGGGGACAAUCUAAGGAAAAUAAUUCUCUCAGUGAACGUGCAAGCAGAGUUAGCCUCUAUAAGAAAUCUUACAAACAACCUCCUCUCCAAACCAGGGAAGAGCAACGGAAAAAGCAAGAGCAAGAACGAAAGGAGAAGAAAGCAGAGGUGUUGGCUGCUCGAAGGGGCCUCAAGAUGGUUAAAAACAACUAAUUGUCUGGUUAAUAUUCCUUCAUUCUUGUUUUUCUUUUGUAAAUAUUUUUCUGCUGUCUCUUUUUAUCACUGUUAACUUUUAUCCAUUAUCUAUGCACUGUCCCUGGGUUCUUCAGGUCCUAUAGCUCUGAAAAGUUAUCAUCUUAAAGCUCAAAAAUCUGUUGGGUGCUGGUGGCUAACACCUGUAAUCCUAGCUACUUAGGAGGCUGUGCUCUGAGGAUGGUUGUUCAAAGCCAGCUAGGGCAGGAAAGCCCGUGAGACCCUUAUCUCCAAUAA